CGGUAAUAUGGCGACGGGUGCACGGGGCGACAAGAAGAUGCGGGUGGUGGCGUUGGUCAGCGGUGGCAAGGACAGUACCUACAACAUGAUGCAGGUGGUGGCCGAGGGACACGAGCUGGUCGCGCUGGCCAACCUGCAUCCGAAGGAUCGGGACGAGCUGGACAGCUACAUGUACCAGACGGUGGGUCACCAGGGCAUUGAAAAGCUAGCCCAGGCAAUGGAGCUUCCCCUAUACCGGCGGAUGACCCGGGGCCACUCGAUCAACACCAAGGGCCACUACGAGCCGACCGAGGAUGACGAGGUGGAGGAUCUAUACGAGCUGUUGGGUGAGGUGCAGCGAGAGCAGCAGAUCGAGGCGGUGGCUGUCGGUGCCAUCCUGUCCGACUAUCAGCGGGUACGGGUGGAAAAUGUCUGCGCCCGACUUAACCUUAUCUCGCUGGCAUAUUUGUGGCGCCGGGACCAGACGGAGCUACUACAGGAAAUGAUCGACUGUCAGGUGCACGCGAUCAUCAUCAAGGUGGCCGCGCUAGGCCUGAUGCCCGACCGGCAUCUGGGCAAAUCGUUGAAGGAAAUGCAACCCCACCUGCUGGUGAUGCGCGACAAGUACGGGCUGAACGUGUGCGGCGAGGGCGGCGAGUAUGAAACGUUCACGCUCGACUGUCCCCUGUUUCGCAGCCGUAUCGUGGUGGACGAUGUGCAGACGGUGAUCAGUUCGGCCGAUCCGGUUUGCCCCGUAGGUUACCUGAACUUCACCAAACUACGGCUGGUGCCGAAGGAACGCAUCGAGCCGGUGGUGAUCAAGAAUUCGCUCGAUUUUAUCCACGAUCUGAACGAGUCCAGCUACAGCGAUCUGAGCGAUCCUGAUUUGAGCGAAACAGAGCUGGAACUGAUCGAGCGUAGUAGCUGCGGGAUGGUGACUGGUGGAAUCGGUGUGUCACGCGGGUCCGUUAUGCGUAAUUCUUUCAGUAAGGAUGAUCUUAGUGGGACAGUGGGAGCGGCAGCAGUGGUUCUGUCACGCAGCAACAGUAUAACGAAGGAGCUAGCGAUUUGUCCAAACCUCGAACCGGCGCCCUUUAGUAAGUCCCCGGUGCGGAUCAUUACCAAGGCACGGUCCAGCAUAAGCACUGCCGAGUGUGGAACCGCGUCGAGCGAUGGACCGAUCGAGGUGCUGCCCCCGUUUCAUUGCUCACGCGAAAGUCGCCCAUUGAGCAAUCGGCCGCGAGCGAUCGUCAACUCCAAGGGUUGGAUGUGGGUGGCCGGCGUACAGGGUUGUGGGGAAGAUUCGAGGCAAGCAAUGGCUAAUGCUCUCGCCACACUUGAAGAGAUGGUUCAAUCACGCUCGUUUACGCUACGGCAAAUUUGCUACAUAACGUUGUACGUGCGUAAUAUGGCCGAAUAUAGCUUUAUCAACGAAAUCUACUCAACGGUGUUCGCAUUCGCUAAUCCUCCAACUAGGGUUUGCGUGGAGUGUCCCUUGCCGGCAGACUGUGCAGUCGUUCUAGAGGCUGUUGCUUUUAAUCCAGUUUCUAAUGCAUCGGAGUUGGAACACAAACGACAGACAAUGCACGUGCAGGGCAUUUCCCAUUGGGCACCGGCCAACAUCGGUACCUACAGCCAAUCGACCAAGGUCGGCCACAUCACGUAUAUCUCUGGACAGAUAGCCCUAGUACCGGGCAGCAUGACGAUCAUCGAGGGUGGUAUCAAGCAGCAGUGCAAGCUAACGCUCCGCCAUCUGAGUCGAAUAGCGAAAGCAAUGAAUGCCCAAGGAGGCCAGCUGCGAGACGUAGUGCAGGGCAUUUGUUUCGUGACGCAUCCGAGCUACAUCUUUGAGGCCCGCCGCCAAUGGGAACGGCGAACAGCUAACGCAAUCAUCGACUACAUCGUUGUGCCAUCGUUGCCGCGUGGCGCACUGGUCGAGUGGCAGGUUUGGGCACACUCGCACAACGAUAAAUUCGACUACGAAGAAACAGGAUGCUCGAUCGGCGAGUACUCGAUAUCGAUUCGACGUCGCUGGAACUAUGAAAAUAAUUGUGCAUCGAUCGUGUGCUACGUCUCAACGGGGUUGGCCACAUCCACCACAAAGUUGACCGAGCUGACCGAUGACUAUCUGCACCAUCACAACCAACUUGCACAACGAAUCACGCGCGAACACAUACACGACACGAUUGCGUACGUUCUUCGCAAACUGUUACAGGCCUAUCCCGGUUUGCUCGGUAUUAGUCCAUCCUCUCCGUCCGCUGCUAGCAACGACGAGACGAUGGUGAUGGGUGGUACAGAGGAAGACCAAAUCGUACGGCCACAUCCUCCGCGAGCACCACCGCCACCACAAUCGUCCGAUCUGGCCAAACCAGCCGUACAUCUGCGUGUGUUCUAUCAGGUCGAUGCGAUACCGUCCGUACAGUUUCUGAUCGAUGCUUUAGAGAGUUUUUUGGUAUCGCCAGCAAACGUAGCCCGAAUUGCGUACACCGUUAUACCGGCUUGCCAUCUGCAGAACUUUAGCACCUUUAUCUCGAUAUGUGGCCUGCGCCAUCACGAGUAG